UUCUAGUAAAUUCACCGAGACUGAAACAAAUAGUCGAGCAGUGUUACAACUAUAAAAUGGUGAUAUUAACUUACUUUAUCCACCACGUUAAGGUGCCUCGUGCUUGGGGACAGUGUACGGAUCCUAUGAUUUAAUUUAAUGUGUGCUUUCCUUCCCCCACCCGCACCUCUUUCACUUGGGGGCGGGGGCAAGAGUCCAUGUUGACCGAGCUGGAGAGGCGGCAGCCGGCGGAGUCUCGCAGCGCAGAUUCCUGUUCAUUUAUUACGCGGAAACGCAAUGGAAACGGUGGAAACAGAACAGCGACCCGCUGAAGAGAAGCGGAACCUUAGCCUUGAUGGUCAUGUCGGUUUUGACAGUCUUCCUGAUCAGUUAGUCAGCAAAUCUGUAUCACAAGGCUUCUGUUUCAACAUUCUUUGUGUAGGGGAAACAGGUAUAGGCAAAUCGACAUUAAUGAACACAUUGUUCAACACCAUGUUUGAAAGUGAUGAGGCCACCCACUAUGAACCAGGAGUUCGUUUAAAACCACAAAGCUACUGUUUGAAGGAGACCAAUGUGGAUCUGAAAUUGACUGUCGUUAGUACAGUGGGAUUUGGUGACCAAGUUAAUAAAGAGGAAAGCUAUAAUCCAAUUGUUGACUACAUUGAUGCACAGUUUGAGAAUUACCUACAGGAAGAGCUGAAGAUCAGGCGUUCACUGCACAAUUUUCACGAUUCAAGAAUUCAUGUCUGCCUCUACUUCAUUGCUCCUACUGGUCAUUGCCUUAAAUCAUUGGAUUUAGUCACAAUGAAAAAACUGGAUAGCAAGGUGAACAUUAUUCCCAUUGUAGCCAAGGCAGAUACAAUUUCAAAAAGUGAGUUACACAAAUUUAAGAUAAAAAUAAUGAGUGAACUGGUCAGCAAUGGUGUACAGAUCUACCAGUUCCCGACAGAUGAUGACGCAGUAGCAGAGAUCAACUCAGCAAUGAAUGCUCACCUCCCAUUUGCAGUUGUUGGCAGUAUGGAAGAGGUGAAAGUGGGAAAUAAAAUGGUGAAAGCUCGGCAGUACCCUUGGGGUGUUGUUCAGGUUGAAAAUGAAAAUCAUUGUGACUUUGUGAAGCUGCGUGAAAUGCUGAUUCGUGUUAAUAUGGAGGACCUGAGGGAGCAGACGCAUACGAGGCACUACGAGUUAUAUCGGCGUUGCAAACUGGAGGAGAUGGGAUUCAAAGACACAGAUCCUGACAGCAAACCAAUCAGCCUACAGGAAACGUAUGAAGCCAAAAGGAAUGAAUUUAUGAGUGAACUGCAGAAAAAGGAAGAGGAAAUGAGGCAAAUGUUUGUCAUGAGAGUUAAAGAAACUGAGACAGAUCUGAAAGAGAAAGAAAAGGAGCUUCAUGAUCAGUUUGAUCAAUUGAAGAAAACACACCAGGAAGAGAAGAGAAAACUGGAGGAGAAGCGGCGAGAAUUGGAAGAAGAGAUGAACGCAUUUAACCGGCGGAGAAUGGCAGCCCAAACGCUGCAGGGGCAAGGUUUCCAGGCCACAGGACAACAACCAUUCAAGAAAGACAAAGAUAGAAAAAAUUAAAGCCUCAUGCAUAUUUAAACCUAUCCAUAUGGGAUUAUUUCUUGUGAUGUUCAUAACAUAAUUAUCACAUAAAAAGUCUCUUGCCUCCUCACCUUCCUGCCUCCACUUUGCUGCAACAUGGACCACAAACGUUCCAAGUCAAAGCCUGGACAGACGAAGUCAUCAUCAGGACGUAUGAAAUGCUCCAUUCGGAAGGCCAUCAUGUGAAUUAUGCUUGCCCGUACCAUUUAGUUUGACAUUAUCUUUAUGUUGAGAACUUCACUGAAUUUCUCGUUUUUCUUCAAAUGGCCCUUUUAAAAUGAACUUUAUAUACAGUAUAUUUAUACUAUUUUUGUAAACAUUUCUACAAUAGUUUAAAAAAACUAUACAAAAUGAUACUUAACAAUUUUUGAAAUAUAUAUAUAUAUGCAAAAACCAUGAUUUUUUUAACAGCUUAAGGUGUUAAUGCUACAAUGAAGAAUAUACACAAGAUGGAAAUCAAGUUAAACUUUAUUCUUAAUCUAUUUAUAAAUUUAUAUUUUAUAAAUGAAGGAUGUUUUAAAAUCUUAAAGUUGGCGCUUGGGGAAUGCUGAAAUGUGCAAUUCUGUGCCAAUGUUUUCUGAAUUCUAUGUUGAGCAAUAACAUCAUGGCUUUGCCUUCUGAGGUGGGGUAUUGAGAUAGAACAGUUAAUUUUUAUCUCCCUUUUGCAAAAGACUUAGCAGGCAUUGUUGGGUAUAAUUCAAGUUGAAGUAUGUAAAUAGACCAUCAGCUGAGCUGAUCUUUUAUGCUGCUGAGGUUUGCCUGUAUUUGGUGAAGCGAAUCAAAAGGAAUAUGUUUGUUGAUUCCACAGGAAGUGUCAAGUUAAGAUGACAUAGAUGCAUCUUUUAAUGUUUUGAGCUUUUUUAUGCAUCAACCUAUGGAAGGGGUGCUGGCCUCAUCAUUUUGACAUAACACUCCCUUGAACAAGUCCUUCUGCACCUGCCUCGCAGAAGGAUUAAGUGGUCGGAUCAGUGUAAUGAAGAAUAGCUGUGCAUUUGAAAUCUGGGAAACAGAAAUUGAACAAAAUUUUCUGCUAAGUAGUUCGGUUAAAGGCUUUGUGUUGGAUGCAUCAUGUAUUUCAGUUUAACGGUGGAGUAGCUCACUGGGUGAUGGAGUUGUUGAACGUAAUUCUUCUACCGUUGUCAUUCAAUCUCUCUGUGAUUGAUGGUCUUUGGUGACACUGUUGCCUCAUUCAGAAGAUUUAAGUUUCAGGUCAUAUUCUUGAGAAAUGUACCCAAAAUUCUUAGCUGAUGUUUUGAACUGAGAGUGCUUCACGCUGAGUUGCUGUCACUUGGAUGAGAAAUCAGUAUCAGGUUUAUUAUCACUGGCACGUGACGUGAAAUUUAUUCACUAGGUGACGCAAUUUUGAAGAAGAACAAGGAAAUUACCCUGUUCUUUAAAUUUGUGUUAGACUUCUCAUCUCCAGGCCAAAAUUUAUCCCUCAAUGAAAGUUCUGAAAAGCAAAUUCUCAGGUUCUUGCAGCAUCAUAUUUUUUCCAUGAGAACCUUUGUGUCCAAAUUUUCUACGGUGUUUACUGCAUUGCAGUAGAGAAUUAAAUUUCAGGUAUCUCUGCCUGUUUUGAGAUAUCCGGAGCCAAGAACGGUACUAUGCAAGAGAACAUACACUCAGUGGCCACUUUAUUAGGUACAGGAGUGGAACCAGGUGUGGUCUUGCUGUAGCCCAUCCACUUCAAGGUUUGAUGUGUUGUGCAUUCGGAGAUGACCUUCACACCACAGUUGUAAUGCAUGCUUAUUUGAGUUACUGUUGGCCUGAACCAGUUUGGCAAACUCUAGAGGCUGUUGUGCGUGAAAAUCCCAGGAGAUCAGCAGUUUCUGAGAUACCCAAACCUCCCCGUUCAGCACCAACAAUCAUUCCACAGUCAAAGUCAUUUAGAUCACAUUUCUUUUCCAUUCUGAUGUUUUGUCUGAACAAUAAUCAAACCACAUCUGCAUGCUUUUUAUGCAUUGAGUUACUUCCAAUGAUUGGCUGAUUAAAUAUUUGCAUUAAUGAACAGGUAUACCUAAUAAAAUGGCCAGUGAGUUUAUUUAUCUCCAUUACAUUAUUUUAACAAAUUGAACCAGUAUAUUUUCCUAGCUCGUAGCAAACUAUUGUUUCCUCCUGUUUAUUAAGCAAAAAAUAUAAAAGGAAUUGUUUAUAAACAGCAUUAGCUAAAAAGGAAUGGAAUAAUUUAGUAAACAAAACUGAAUAUUUUCUUUAAGAAAUAUUCAGCUUUAUUCAACAUAGCUUUUUCAACUUUAACAGGUUAGCUACAUAUUUGUAUGAAGGAUUUAAAGUUUUAUUUGUUUGGUUCAGAAUUAGUAUUUUUCCUCUGAAGAGUGAAAUUUGUAGAACUUGUUUGUAUUAGUGAAUAGAGGGCACUUAAUAAUAUUUCAUUGUGCUGCAAACCUAUCAAGAUUGGAAAGAUUCAUUUGAAAUUGUCACACAAAUUGCCAUGAGCAUCUUUUAAAUAAUGAGCUCGGAUUUUUUAGCUGAUCGCCAUUCACACUUUAGCUUGUACAUAUCCCUCUGUAGAAGACUUCCUUGAACCUUUCCUAACCCUCCCUUCAAGUGGUAGUGUUAGUUAUGCUGACAAAUGUUGAUAGCCUACUUGUUUAGCAUUUGUGUCAAGCUGUUGCAAAACCUAAGAUCACUGAAUCUUUUUGAAUUUCCUUGAAAUGGAGAGGCAUAUUUGUGCAAGUAUUAAUUAUGAUACUAUUUCAGUUUGAAUCUGGGGUUUUACAACAAAGAAGGACUCAGCAGCACACAACAUCUAUGCCAGCGUUUUUGCCCGUCUGUGCUAAUCCCAUUUGCCCACGGUAGGAGCAUCGAAUGAAUCAUACAACAUGGAAGUAGGCCCUCUGGCUCAACUGGGCCAUGCCAAACAAGAUGCCCAUUUUCCAUAGUCUUCUGUGUCUUAACAAUUUAAAACAAUAAAAAUAAUAAUACUCAAUUAAAUAUAAUCCAAAUUGUCUUUAUACUUCAUUCCAUUAUUGCUGUUGCCAUUGUAAUUAAUGGAGUUACUUUUCCUGUACCAGAUCUAGCCCUGAUGUAGGUUCACCAAACAUAUUUCCCAAUAGAGUCUACUCAGUAAACUUCACUAUGUGUUUGUUGGGCAGGUCAGGACACAUAUGCUCAUGUGAGUGCCCAGAAUUUCCUGAUACUUCCAGGGAAAGUGUGGAAAUGAGUCGAUUUGUGCAGACCAAUAUUUUCGACCAGAAGUCAUAGGAGCAGAAUUGAGCCAUUCAGCCCAUUGAGGCUGCUCUGCCAUUUGAUUGUGGCUGAUCCAUUUCCGUCUGAACUACAGCCUCCUGUUUUCACGCCGUAACAUCAAGAAUCUGCCUUAAGUACACCCAGUGACUUAGCCUCUACAGCUGACUGUGUCAACCAAUUCCACAGAUUCACUACCCCUGGCUAAAGAAAUUCCACCUCAUCUGUUCUAAAUGACAUCCCUCUAUUCUGAGGUUAUGUCCCCUGGUCUUAAACUUCUCCACAUCCACUUUAUCUACACCUUUCAAUAUUCAAUAGGUUUUAAUGAGAUCCCUCUCCCAUUCUUCUAACUUCUACCAAGUACAGGCUCAGCCAUCAUAUGUUAACCCUUUCAAUCCUGAAAGCAUUUUUGUGAACCUCCUUUGAAAUCUGUCCAAUGCCAGCACACCCUUUCUUAGAUAAGGGGGACAAAACUUCUCACAUAACUCCAAAUGAGGCCUCACUAGUGCCUUAUUAAAGCCUCAGCAUUACAUCCUUGCUUUUAUAUCCUAGUCCUCUCAAACUGAAUGCUAACAUUGCAUUUGCCUUCCUCCCCACUGAAUUAACCUGCAAGUUAACCUUUAGGGAAUCCCACACAAGAACCUGUGCAUCUUGGAUUUGUGAAUAUUUUCCCCAUUUAUAAAAUAGUCAAUGCAUUUGUUCCUUCUAGGAAAAUGCAUGAUCAUAUAUUUCCCGACACUGUAUUCCAUCUGCCACUCCUUUGCCCAUUCUCUUAAUCUGCCUAAGUUCUUCUGCAUCCUCGCUGCUUCCUCAACACCAUCUGCCUCACACCUAUCUUCUUGUGGAAUAUCUAGUUCAGUUUACAAAGUCUUUGCACAUUUCUUGAAAAUCGUCCCCUUGGGUGUUUUUUAAUACAAGGACUUUUACAGAAAACAAAAUUCCUUCCAAUACUUGAGAUACAAUGGUAUUUUCCUCAACAGAUCGCCAAUGGUAUUUUCUCACUGGUGAGACGAGAGAGCUCUCCAGUUAUUUGUUGGUUGUAGUCUGUUGUUUUCUCUUCCCUACCUAAACGUUUUAGCCAAUGACUCAUUGUGUAUCCUAACAGAUGGGACAUAGGACCAGUGCAUGGUACUCUUAUCAGGGAUCCAGCGCAAUGGGGCAUUUGUUGCAUGAUUUUCUUCAUGUGGAGAACACACAGGGUGUAUGCCAGCAUUCAGGCAAGUGUGUGAGCUGAGGCUGAGGUGGACAAUGCCCUGACUGGACAAGAAAGCAGAGGCAUAGGGUGGUGGUGAUUCAAUGGUAGCAACUGGCAUCUUGAGAGAAGGGGAUGCAGGGAAUGAAUAGGUUGUUAAUCCUGGAGAACCAAACCCAUAAUAGGGAAAUCGUGGACCAGGUUUGAUUUGAUGGAGAGGAGAUGAUCGUUGGCAUUUUCACGGGACUCCCAGCCCAGAGUAACCGCAAAAGUGUGUUUGGCUUGGUCGUUCUUACCCUCGGAUGCUCCUGGGAUAAUUGAAUGAUAUCAUGAUGUUACUCAUGAUGGUACCGAAAUAAUGUUCUCGAUUGAAUCCUAACUGGAAUUCUACAGUAGUAGAAUCUUACAGUAAUUCAAUUAAAAAGUUGCAAAGGAAUAAUAUCCAAUUCGGGGGGAGGGGGGAAGUAUUUUUCUGAUGUGUCGUGGUGAAUUACUGAACAUGAUUGAAUUUAUAGAUCGCUUGAUACUUAAAUUCACUAGAAUUUACUGAUUUAAAUGAAACACAUGCAGGUAAUUAAGUUGAUCCUUCAUCCUGUGGUGGGAGGAGGAAGCCCCACUUUAAGUUCUCCUCAUACUGACCCCUUACAAAGCUGUUGGAGGCUGAAGGUCAGUUACACCUACAGAUUGUGAAGAGAAAGUCACUGAGUUACCCAUGGAUAGCUCCUGUACCUCUUCACAGUUAAUUGUAAAAUGGUACUGAUGGGGAUAUGGGUGUAGCUUAUUUACUUGACUUAUAAACUCAGGAAAGCGCAAGAUGACAUCUUGUUGCUGUAAAUAUAUACUCCCCUUGAUUUUUUCAAUCAUUUAUUUGGGCACUUUUGCUUAAUACUUCAAUUUUUAUUAGACCCUCCUUCCACAAGGUGAAAGUAGAAUUGCUCUCAAUGGGGCUGGCCUCGGGGGCAAAAGUAACUUGCAUUUCUCACCCAUGCAGUGGUAUUGGGCACUUCUUCACAGGAACCGAUGCUAACCUUUACUUGCACAUUUGAUGUUGUUUUCCUAAUAAUCAACAAGAUGUCCUGCCUUGUACGUAAGGAAUAUCACUUGUUUUUUUAAAUAUACAACAUAAAGGAUUUAGUUCUAAUUUAGUGCUUUCAGUAGAGCAGGUGGAAUAGAGAGAGAGAAAAAAAAUAUCAGCAGAUUCAAAGGGAGACUAGGGGGUGGAAUGAGAGGAAAAUAAUUGAUAGUUAUCUAGCUUGUAAUACCUUAAAUUUCUCUGUGAUUUACAGUGCUGUUGUGGCUUUUUAACUUACAAGCUAAACCAAAUAUUUUAUAUCUUUCUGUUCUUAGCUUUGACGUGGGAAUUUACUUUCCCAUAUAUCUUCUCAGUUUGUAGAGUAUUGGAGUCUGAAUGAUUUGUUAACAAUAUAAUACUUUGAGAAAAAGGGCAUUGUAGCUUUGUCAUUAGUUAUAGAAGUGCACAUUAUGUAUUAUAUCUGGAGGCAAAAGUAUUUCUUUUUUUAAAAAAAUCAGUUUUAUUUUAAGAUGGAAUUUCCCCUCAUUGGGCCAAACUUGUAGUAAAGUUGUAGAGCAACAAUUUUUUUUAGUGCUUGCUUAAAAUCAUAAAUAUUUAUAAAAUAUAUUUAUGUAGACUAUAGUCAUGCAUUGAAUUGUUCUAAACACUUUGCAAAUAAUUCAAAUGCUGAUUUUUGUUACCUGAAACUGUAUCGCUCCAUGUCAUUCCAGUUCAUUGUACUUUUUCCAUCCUUUUGUGCAUUUUGUAUUUUUUUUAUUAUUUCUGCCUCUGUAAUUCUGUGAACUUGUCAGUGUGCUUAGAUCUUGUGCUUUGUGGAAUAUUUGUAUACUUGAACAAUCCUUUUUAUUGUUCAAGCAUUUUGUGUCAGUACAGCACUGACAUCUAUCAUCAAUUGUUGCUUUCAAUUGUAUUUUAGAAUUUUGGUUAGUUACUCUGAAGCAUUGUAUCCAUCUUUAAUUUUAUGAUAGUUUAAAAACUGAUGUGCAAAAUCAAAAUGGUUAUUCCUAUGCCAGUAUAUAUUGUUUUUAAAUGUGCUUUUUAAUUUUCAUUAUUUGUUUCAUAUGACUUUAUCAUUAAAUGUUAAUAAACCAUUUGAUUUUUGA